CAGAGUUUCCCUGCUCUCUCUCUCUCUUUCUCUCCUUCUCUCUUUCUCUCCUCUGAAACAGAGUUGAACAAUGGCCGAUCCUCCGAAUAUUUCUCUGUUUCACCAGAGAUUUCUUACCGGAGACAACCCACUCCUUACGCUUGAUGAUGAGUUCUUAAGGCACUACACCAAAGUUUUGCUAAGAUCGGACGCGUCUGACAGGAUUUGGGAAGUAAAACUGAACGGAAACAGGCUCGCCGGCGGCUGGGAAGAGUUCGCCGCCGUUCAUAGAUUCAGAGACGGUGACGUUUUAGUUUUCAGACACGAUAAAGACGAGAACUUUCAUGUCUCUGUGGGCUCUCGAUCCGAUUCCUGUGACAUGCAGCACGCAUCUCCUAGCAUUGUUGAUACUGACGAUACUGAGAUUGAUGAUGACUAUGUUGAAUCUGCUGAUCAUCAUGAUGAUGGAGAAGACGAAGAUGAGGAUGACGCAGGGGACAUUGUGGUGAGUAAGAAUAAGAAACCAGAAGCAGAGUCUUCCUCAGGCGACCCUUGUUUCAUCACAGCACACGUCACACCUUAUAGCCUCAUCAAAGAUCGUUUGGAUCUUUCUAGAAAUUUUACUGUUGCGUCUUUUGAUGAGGACAACAAACCGUGUGAGAUAGAUUUAGCGAAUGAAAAAGGAAGAAAAUGGACACUGCUUCUCCGAAGAAACAUCUCAACUGGUGUGUUUUACAUCAGACGAGGCUGGACAAACUUCUGCUCCUCUAAUGAGCUACGUCAAGGUGACUUGUGCAAGUUUAAACUCUCCGAGAAUGGGGAAAGGCCUGUGCUUUGGUUGUGUCCACAGGAGUAUGGAAAUGGCCAUGAAGAACAAGAAUGCCCUCGAGUAUCUGCUGAAGGAGGCUGCAGCAAAGAGAAGAGCAUGCUAGAUGAAAUUCCAAAGGGAAAGGAGAAGAAUACUCCUUCGACAUUUCUGAAAAUAAAGUUGACACCCAACCGUUUCAAGAGCGGGCAACUAUAUAUUUCAUCGGUUUUCGUGAAUGAGAGUGGCAUUAACAACGCUGGGGAGAUAACUCUUCUGAACAAAGAUGGAAGAAAAUGGUCGUCGUAUCUACACAUGACAGGAAAAUGCGGAACUGAAUGGUUUUAUUUGAGAAAAGGUUGGAAAGAGAUGUGCAAGGCGAACGGAGUUAAAGUAAAUGACUCGUUCGUGUUGGAACUGAUAUGGGAAGAUGCAAAUCCUACGUUUAAGUUCUACUCUAAGGAAGAAAACCAUGAAAACAAGGGGAAAGGAAACAGAAGAACUCGUAAAAGGAGAGCUUGUGGGACUGAUCUACAGGGAAGCAGUGAGGAAAAGUCUCGAAGAGUAGAAAGAGAGGGACGGAGAGUAAGUCGCAGAGCCGAGCAUGACGAAAAAGAGAAGAGAGGAAACACUCAGGUUUCAAACAGACCCACCACUAACUCAAGUAAAUUGCAGCGCAAGCAAGCAAAACCUUGUUCAGUCUCUGACCAAGUGGCUAACGUCAAACGGGGCAUUCUAGAUACUCUGAAAACUGUUAGUCAGUUCCGCGCAGAGCUCGAGACAAGGGAAAAGAAACUGGAAGCUGCGUUACUGGAAAUCGAGGCCUUAGGGGAGAGGAUAUUAGGAAUCAGCCAGAUUCUCAACAAUAAUCUGGUUUAAAACUGAAAAGCGGGGAAGAAAAGAAACAAAAGACCAUUUGAGUGGUUUCACUACUCUUCUUCUGCUCCGGUUCUAGAGACUGCCAACUUUCUUGGGGCUUUUGGUAUGUUCAUUAGCUCAGAAUGUAUGUUCGAAAGGGCUUGUGACUUGUAUUUCUUCAGUUGUAUCAGCAAUUAGGCUAUUUUAUUAUAUCGCUAAGAAACUAUUAAUAUUGCAAUGAUGCUUUGUAAAUUGGAACUUUUGGUUGUUUUU